UUUCUUUGUAUUUGGAUAUUUCAUAUUUCCCUUGCCACAGCAUCUUAUAAGUAAUUUUCUACUUUGAUUUUUUAAACCCCUCUUAAACCCUCGCCGCGCCACCACAGUCCCCGCAACUCUCUUCACAAAACCCAGUUCAUUUUUCCAAGAAAAUCAAAUGUACUGAUUUGGGUUCUGACCAAACCCCUUAAAACAGUUUUUUUAUUGAAGACAAGUGAAGUUAGUGAUAGUGAUUUACUGGUAUGGAUAUAGAGCAAGUGCCCCAAUUUGUUAACAAAGUUUCUAAUGAAGCGAAACUAAAGGAAUUAUUACGAAACAUUACCUCGAAUGAGCUCAAGUUAUGUAAAGAUGGGUCGAAAGAGUUUGUCAAGUUACUUAAGGGUGAUUCGGGAGGUGAAUUGCUUAAACUAUAUGUGCAUUCUUCGUCAGUGUGUAGCGAAAUUGUUCAAGCGUGGAAGCUGAGGGAAGGUAAGGCGGGGUUUUCGUAUGUUUUGAGGUUGGUUUCUGCGAUUUUGAGUCAUUAUGAGGGUAUGUAUAGGGUUGAUAAUGUGGAUGGGAUUGUUAGUAGAUCUUUGGAUAAGUUUGCGAAAUUGAUUGUGGAGGAAAAAUUGGAUGGUUUGUGUAAGAUGUUGAAUGGUAAAGAUUCGAAGCAACAAAAGGGGGUGCUUUUGUUGUUGGGUUCGAUUGUGAGGCGUGGGUCGGGAUUGGCUUCGGAUGUUGCUAAUAGGUUUGAUUUUAAGCUUCCGGUUUUUCCUAAGCUUGCGGAAUAUAGGAAGAGGGAGAGAGGGGUGAAGAGGAAGAAGGUUACGAGGAAAGCGUUUGUUGGGUUUGCGAUGUCGUUUCUUGAAGUGGGGAAAGCGGGGUUGUUGAGGGGGGUGUUAACAAAGAGGGAGAUGUAUUCGGGAGUGCUUCGUGGUCUUGGGAGUGACGAUGAUGAGACGGUUGUUUAUGUUCUUUCGACUUUGCGAGAUAAGAUUUUAAAGGAAGAGUCAUUGGUGCCACCCGGUCUUCGGAGUGUUUUGUUUGGGAGUGUUACUUUGGAUCAGUUGAUUGAUAUUUCUGGAAGGGAUAAUGGUGGGCUUGCUACAGAGUUAGCUCAAAAAGUCUUGUCUGUUGUUUGUACUGACCCUUCUAAUGGGUUAAUGCCUGAUAUGAUGCGGUGCCCUCCACUAACGGGUAACUCGACUCGACUUUUGGGUGUCAUGAAGAAGCUAAAAGCAACAGAAAUUGAAUAUCAUAGAGUAUUGCUUUUGGCCAUUGUAAAGGGAAAGCCCUCAUUUGGUUCGGCAUACUUGGACGAGUUCCCUUAUAACCUUGAGGAUCAUGCAUCAUCAAACUGGUUUUCUGCUAUUUCUUUGGCUGCAGAUGUGGUAUCCUCAGUUGGUGAUGGUGUUUCUUUUGAAUUUCUUAAUACUCAGACUCAAGAUUCUACCCCUUUCCGUAGCUCAGAUGUGCAAAGUAUCAUUAGAUGUAUAUGUCCUCGCCCCAUCACUAGAUUGGUUAUUAACAAAGGCUUGCUCCACUCGAAUCCACUUAUUAAACAUGGAACUCUACGCCUUGUUUUCGAGGCCCUGAAGUUAUUGGAUUCUUUUGUAAGUGCUCUAAGUAGUAAUUCUUGUGGUGGAAGUCAAAUGAGGCCUGAGUGGGCGUCUUUGAAGAAAGAUAUUGAGGAAGAAGUCUGGAUUUCGCUCCCUGAUCCCCAAGUAUUACUGUCAUUGCUUUCUUCUCUGAAUAGCCACUACAAGAGCCCAACUCCAAAGAGAACAUCACGUCCUGGGAAUGUGUCUGAAGAUAAUAGUAGUCAAAAUAAGAAGAGGAAAACACAUGAUGCAGAUGAUGAAACCGAUAUGAUUGUUGGUGGAAUCAGUUCUUUGGGUGGUGUAUCCUCAUCUGUGGACCCUGAAGAUCUGGAGAUAAAUAGUACAGAUGAGUUAGAUAAUGAAGGCGAGGAUAUGAAGAUCAUUGCCAAAAUUUGGGGUGUCCACUACUGCAACAGCCUUAGUAUGACACUUGAUGAUGAAGAUACAUACUUCUACAGUAAAUUGCUUGACGCACUCAAAAUUUAUUAUAGAACUGGUACUACUAUGCUGGAGGGAUCAUCCAAUUUUUUUAAAUAUCUUCCCAACAAUGCCUUGGCAUUACCAUCUAUUCUGCAGCGAUCUUUAUUGUCACUACUUAUAGAAUAUAUCGGGUGGUCUAAUGAAUGUGAGCUUCCAGUCAAAGUCCAUCCUUUAAUGAAGCAUCUUAGUGCGCUUUUAAACUUGCUUCUGUAUUCCCCUGCUAAAGACAUCAAGGAACAGGCAUAUAUUUUGGCAAAGGCAGCAAUGUCUAGUUCUGGUGCAUUUGAUCACAAUCUGGGAGAGAUUGGAACAUGGUUCUUAUUUCUGCCAGGCUAUAGUACUAACAAUUUUUUUAUUGAUGAUCAGCAUAUAAAUAUGUGCCAGGACCUGUUUUCAACGGUUGUAACCUUCUUGUGCGAAGCUGUGUCAACAAUGGGAAAUAGUUUGUGUAAGAACUGGGAUCGUCUAAGGAGCUAUAUCUACCAUUUGACAGGCAGGAAAGAUUUAUCUCCUAAUUUCAGUCCACUUGUUCUUUGUAUCCUGGAAAAUUGUCUCAAAUUACUCAGAGCUGAAUCAAAGAAGUCCUUACCAGAAAAAACAAUGAUAUCAUUAUAUGUAAGCAACACACUGAUGUACCUCUUGCAAAGUCAGGUUGAUUCUGGGCUGUUGUCUUCUGUGGUCAAAAGAGUUUUGUCUGAGAGUUCUGAAGGUCUUGACAUAUCUCUGGACAUGUGCGAGUGGAGACCAUUGAAAAAAUUGUCUGUCUUCCUUGAAAACAUCACAUGUCAGAAAACACAUAAAAGGAGUCCGUCACUUGCUAAGGUUGCAAUUCGUCCAGAAAAUUCUGUGGUCAACACAAUUGACAACAUUAAAGUUGUCGCAGCAAGGGGCCAUGCUGGUGAAUUGGCUGGAGUAACCUCAGCAUUUUAUUUUUCAAUGCUAUGCACACCACCUUCUGAGCUAUUGCAAAAUUUUCCAUCAGUUAUAGCUCUUUCAGCAAACUUUCUUGGAGUUCCUCUACCGCUCUUAAUGUCUACUUUUUUCUCUGAACAAAGUCUUUUAUGUGACAUUUCCAAGUUGUGGCCUGAAAUGUUCUUUGAUGGUCUUCAAAGGGCCACAAGUGCUACCCAUUCCGAAGAGGAAAACAAAUGUACUAUUGAUAAUCUCGAUUCAGUAGAAUGUUCUUCUGUUGCAUUUGGUUCUCUCUUGAAGCAGGCACCAUUUCAUGUGCUAUUUCCAGCUCUUUUUGGUGAAGAGUCUUCACACUUGUUGGAUAAUAUAAAGCUACAAGACUUGCUUUUAGCUAAACUCUCUGAAGGGACGACUGAUAUAUACAUUUCCUACGUCUCCCUUGUAUUUUUCUGGUUUUAUCAAAUGCAGUCAUCCUAUAGACAUAAACCACCACACGAUCUUAAGAAGAUUUCUGAAUUGUGCUCUACUGUUCUGAGGAAUUUGGUUUCACGCAUUGUUUCUGUACGAACUGGUUCUUGUUCAGAAACUUCUUGUAGUCCUUCGCCUCAGUAUGUGCAGGAAGUGGCUGAAAUUGUUUUCAGUCAUCCUGCAGUAUUAGCAUCUUUGGAACACCCAAUUAUUAUCAAUCAGGUUUCGACAGAGGAAAUUAGUGGGAUAAGUGUAAUGGAUUGCUUCGGUCUAGCCAAACAGGGAGUCCACACCAUAGACUAUCAUGUCUGGAAUUUUGUAGCUUCUACUAGUGACCAAUUGUUUACCUUUUGUAACCACCAGAAUUCCCUAUCUGAGUUAGAUUCCUCAUAUGAAAGAAUUACAAAGGCCUUCAAUUCCAUGGUCAGGAAGCUAUUCUUGAUACUAAAAGACAAGUUUGAUCACUGGUUGAAAACUGAAGAUGUAGCGCCUCUUGUACCAACUCUGUAUGCGUUACAGAAAUUGGUUCCCUUCAUAUCCCCUUUCACACUGCUUGAGUUGGUACGUUAUAUAUUUUCUGGAGUUGACCUCAAUGAUUCUGCAGUUUGGAGUUCUUAUACAAAGCCUGCUCUCUGUAUUGGGUUAUCUAUAGCUGGUCAUGCUUUUGAUUUGCUUUCAGCUAAUUUACGAGAUUCAUAUUUGAAACCAAAACAGUUUACCCUUUGGGGAGAAGAAAAAGCGACUGAUAUUUGCCUAUUUGAAGAAAUAUAUUUCCAUGUGGUCGAAAUCGCCUUGCGGUGUGACUUAGAUGUUACAGAUUUAUGUUUGCUUAAAGCUGUUAAUGCUGCAAAGAAAAGUAUAUUGCUGCGGAACGAAUGUCUUUCACUGUGUUUUGUUGUCCCGAGAAUAAUUGCAAGUACUCCUAACAAAUUUAUUACUAGGUGCAUCCACAACACUAGCAUGAGUAAAGCAAAAAUUUUGUUUGUACUUGCGGAAGUAAGCCCAUUGCAUAUGUCAGUUUUCGGACACUUAUUUUCUGACAUGAUGACUGAAUAUAUGCUUCUGAAGGGAAAGAAUAUGCAAGCAUGUAGCCAUACUCUUUCAGACGACAGUAUUCUGAUGCUUCUCCCUACUUUUCUAUUAUACUUGGAUCCAACUUUGAGAAACUCUGGUAACCGAUAUCCUAAAACUCUCAUGAAUAUAACAGGCUUUUACUGGGAACUCCUGACACGUGGUUUUUCUAUGUGGAAAGACUAUGUUUGGAGGGACAUAUUUCUAGUUGAAUAUGGUGAUAUUGGGUUUUCAUCUCUGGUGGAAUUUCUUAGUUUUUUUCAUGACAGUCUUCUUGGAAAAGCAAUACUUAUGGUGCAUUACUAUUUAGCCUCAAAAGGAAAUUCAGUAGAACUCGAAAAGCGAUUGGAGCUAUAUAAUUCUGUACUUCGUACAUCUGGAGCACAUGUUCUACUGGACUGUAAAGUCAGUGAAAUUGAUGGUUACAGUAUAAAUCAGUCUGUAGACGUUAUAUGUAAAACCAUUGCCAAAAUCAAAUAUUGCAGGAUGCUUGUGUUUCCGGAGGACAACAAGAUCGAUUCAGUGUCCUUGCAAGGAAAUUAUGGUGAUGAGAGUAUGGGGGUGGUUCCCUCAGAAGUUGGAUAUGAAGAAUCACAAAUCCAGUUUGUAGACAGUUUAGUUUGUGCUUGGCAAUCUCUUGUCAAGAAGUUCCCUUCAAAGAUGGAGGAUUUUGGUGAAGUUAAAAGCACAAACAACAGCUCCUUGUUCAGGCUCUUGGAAGUUUUUAUUAUGAAUAACAUUUUGCAACUAACGUCUCAGAUGGGCAAAAAUAUUUUUAAAUUGGGUUCUGUCAAGAAACUUGUGAAGUCUUCACUUGUCUAUAGGUUUCAAGACCCUGCAGUGUUCAGAAUGCUCCAAGGUGUUGUUACUUCAACUGUUGAUAAAAGAAAUACCUGUGAUUUGAUUAUCAAGCUGUUGCUUGCUCACUCUCAAUUCGCACCUACGAUUGCUGCUGCCUCGAAAACAUGUAAUGAUUCUCAGUUUGGUAUUGUUCUUAAACCUAUCUCCAGCAUAUUGAGAUGCUAUCGCAACCAAGAUUCAGUUAGCAAAAAGUCUUUGCAGGCAUCUAACCCGUACAUGAAUCUGUUGGAAGUCCUCAAGUUGCUAAAGAUACUAUUACAUUUCAAAAAGGAAUGCAAAAGUUUAGGGGAAGAUGUUGGAAUAAACGCUAAAGAAUUGCUUGUCAUGCUUCUGUCUGCUUACGGUGCUACUCUAAGUGAAGUUGACCUGGAAAUUUACAAUCUGAUACAGGUAAUUGAGUGUACAAUUGAUGGGGGUUCUAGUUAUAUUGCCGAAAUGGAUUACCUAUGGGGAUGUGCUGCACUAAAAGUUCAUAAAGUAUGCGGCACGGAACAUGAUGCAUCUUCAGAGGAUAUUGACAGUGUUGAAGCUGCUAAUGAACGUCGAAGAAAUGAAUUCAGAGAAAACCUUCCUAUUGAUCCAAAAUUGUGCACAAACACAGUUCUUUAUUUUCCUUAUGAUAGAACCAUAUUCGGUUUGCCAGAACAGGUUAAUAACCUGCAUAUUGAGGAACAUUCUCGAUAUAUUGACAAACCACCCAUUUAUGACCCUGUUUACAUCUUGCAAUUCUCUAUUCACAACCUGUCGAUUGGGAACAUUGAUCCUCUGGAGUUUGCUAGUUUUGGCUUGCUUGCGGUUGCAUUUGUUAGCUUAUCUUCACCUUGGGAAGAGAUGAGAAAAUUGGGCUACGAGGUUCUAGUAAGGUUUAAGGAUGCAUUGGAGAGAAGUCCAAAGAGGAAGGAUGUAUCACGACUAGGUCUUUUGCUUACAUAUUUGCAAAAUGGUAUCGAAAAGUCGUGGCAGCGGAUUCCUUCCGUAAUUGCCAUGUUUGUUGCAGAGGCUUCGUUCAUAUUAUUGGAUCCUUCAAAUGAGCACUAUCAGCCCAUAAGCAAGCUUCUGGUGGGCUCGUCUCGGGUAAAUUUGGAGUGUAUUCCCAUGUUUAACAACUACUUCUGGAGUAGCUCUGUUAAUUAUAAAUCAGAGAGGAUGUGGAUACUGCGCCUCCUGUAUUCUGGGUUAAAUAUAGAGGAUGAUGCUCAGUUAUAUAUUAGAAACUCAAUUCCUGAUACUCUUCUAAGUUUUUACUCUUCUCCUCUCUCAGAUGAUGAAUCAAGGGAGCUUGUUAUUGAGAUUGUGGUGAAGUCUACCAAACUACAUAAGAUGUCUCACUACUUAGUUAAAAAAUGUGGACUACUAUCUUGGUUAUCAUCUAUCGUGUCGAAUUAUUGCGGAAGGCAACAUUUCAAUGAGAGAAAAUUAUCAUCGACUCAGUUAACUGUAAUUCUGCAGGUUGUUAAUGAUGUGCUCUCAUGCAAGCACACAAUUGAGUGGUUGCAGAAAUGCGCCCUUGAGCAGUUGACGGAACUUUCAUCUAAUCUAUUCAAACUGUUGGAGGGCAGUAUUGAUUUGGUCAAGAAACAUAUUUCUUUGGGAAGUCUAAUCCUAAGAAUACUCACAUCAGCAUUUAGGAUCUCGCAGAAUAGGGAUGUAGGUCAACCCCAUUUUACCAUGUGUUUUGAGGGUAUAUUCCAUAUAUAUGAAGCCGCUCAUGCAUUUAGUGAUGGAAGGUACAAUCCUACUGCAGAGGAAGGACUUGAAGUUGUACUAAUGAACACACCUCCAGUAGAUUUUAUGUGCAUGAAUCAGGAAAAGCUUAUAAAAUUUGUUCAGUGGGCUAUUUCUACUGCAAUACAGUCAGAUUCAACGAGAAUGCUGCAGGCUAGGGAGUCUUAUCACCAUGAAAUAAUGUCUUUGCGGGAGAAGGAAUCUUUGAAAUCGAAGCUUUUACGCUGGUUUACUGCUUCCGUAAUUCGGGGACUGCUGUCCAAGAGAUUUAAGUGCUUAAACUCAACUUUAAUACAUAAACAAUCAAGUCUGGUAACACUGCAUACUUUAAGUGAUCAAAUUCAGAGAGGGCAGGGAGAAAAGCCGGCUGAUGUUGGUUCAGAAGAGAUAUAUGCUGUUGCAAUUUUUCAUCUCCAUCAGCUUCUUGGAAAAAAAUGCAUAGUUAUUCCUUCUGUUGUUUCUGCACUCUGUCUAAUAUUUUGCGAAUCAGGCUUCUCAGUUGGCCAGGCAGGCCACUUGGAAUCACUUGCACACAGGAUACAUUGCCCUAACGAAGCUAAACCAGAUUGGAGAUGGUCAUUCGACCGUCAAUGGAAGGAUAACUCAUCUGAACUUAGUGAGGCCGAGAAGUUGGAUGAGAACCAAGCUUGCCAAAGUCUUUUAGUGAUUAUUUCAGGCAUACUUGGACAGAAAUCAUCGUUGUCACGGUAUCUAUCAUAUGAAGACUUGGAAAAUUGUGAAUUGUUUAAAUGGGAAAGAACAAUGCUCGAGCAAUAAUGUCUGAUAAUUUUUCUUUGUACACCUAUAUUAAGAGCCACAUUAAUCUUCCAGAGGAACAAAUUGUAAAUAUAUUUGAGAAACUACCAUUGUGUCAUAUUUAUGAUUAAUUAAUAAUUAUGUUUGUCAA